AUGUCGAGGCGCUCAGCCGAGACGCGCACUGGCGACCGCCACAGGCUGAAUCAGCAGGAAUCACCGCCCGUUUCCGGGUCAUUCUCCCACGGUCUACCGUUCGGUGCGCUUGGGUGGCGCGGGCUGCGCAACGUCACCGGUGUGAGCACGACCGAUCGAAAGCUGUACCAGAACGUUCAUUCCAUACUCAACAACAACAUGGGCGGACGAGGUGACGAACUCCUCGCAAAGGCCGAGAAGAAGGCCUCCUCUUCCACCGGCUGGUUCUCCUCUAGCUCUUCCAAGUGGGAGGACGCUGCUGACCUCUUCCAGCAGGCCGCCAAUGCGUACAAGAUCGAGUCUCGAUGGACCGACUCCGGCAAGGCUUUUGAGCGUGAGGCCGCGUGCCGAAUCAAGGCCGACGAGAAGAACGACGCUAUGAACGCCUACCACAACGCCGGCAAGAGCUACAAGAAGUCGGACCCGCAGGCCGCCAUCAACGCUCUGCACCAGUGCAUCAAGCUGAUCACCGAGUCGGGCAACUUCCGCCAGGCUGCGGACCGGGAGAAGGAGAUUGCGCAGAUCUACGCUCAGGACGGACUCGACAUCCAGCAGGCGCGGGACAGCUACCAGCGCGCCGGCGACUGGUACAAGCAGGAGGAUGCGAACGCGACUGCGAACCAGUGUUACCAGCAGGCUGCGGAGCUCAGCGCCGAGCUCGGAGAUUACCGCCGCGCGAUCGACAACUACGUCACGGUCGCCGACUGGUCUCUCACGUCGCCGCUCACCAAGUACAGCGUCAAGGACUACUUCCUGCGGGCAGUCAUGUGCGCGAUCGCUACCGGAGAUCUCGUCACGGCCAGGAAACUGCUCGACUCGUUCGACCAGAAGGACGUCACCUUCCCUUCGACGCGCGAGGCCAAGUUCGCCCGCGAGCUCGUUGAUGCGUGUGAGGAGGGCGACGUUGAGCGCUACACCUCGGCCGUGUUCAACUACGACCAGAUCUCGAAGCUUGACAACUGGAAGACGAACAUUCUUCUCAAGGUCAAGAGGGCGCUUGAGGAGGAGGAGAGCAGUCUUCUUUAG